AUGGCGCUAAUGGCUGAUUCUUUGACUGUACCCAAGGAAUGGCUUUCCCUUCAGUUGGAUCUUACUCCUAUCAAAUUUCACAAGCAAAAGAAGUCACCUUCUCCGGUUUCUUUGCCGAGGGGAGAUCAAAAAUUGAAGCUGCACAAAGACCCCUGGGUAUUAAAGAAGAAGCUGACGAUAAGCGACAUAGACAACCUUUUUCGACUUAUGCUGAAGAAGGUGUUAGUUCAAGUUCACGUACUCCCAUUCAUGGAAGAAGAGCAGGUGGAGGAGAUGAAUAACGAGGCGGGCGCGCGGGUAGAAAUAAAGGAUUUGGAUACAGGUUUGGAUCACGAGUUGACGUUGAGGAUGUGGACUGGCAGCAGGUGUUACGUUUUGAAUGACAACUGGAGAGAGAGCUUCGUGAGGAGAAGGAAGCUAAACGCAGGUGACGAGAUAUGGAUGUAUUGGGACCGUUACAACCUCUGCUUCUUCUUCACCGUUCGUGGAAGACUACUCAAUUUUUCUGGCAAUGGAAAUUCAUCUCUUUAA